AUGUCUCUCUGCCAGAACCGUCUUCAGGAGGAGCGCAAGCAGUGGCGUCGCGAUCACCCAUUCGGCUUUGUCGCAAAGCCCACACGCACUGCCCAGGGUGGCCUUGACCUGAAGACUUGGGAGUGUGCAAUUCCUGGCAAGACUGGCACCCUCUGGGAGGGUGGACUCUUUAAAAUGAAGGUGGUGUUCCCGGAUGAAUACCCCACCAAGCCACCAAAGUGCAAGUUUGACCCUGCGCUAUUCCACCCCAACGUAUACCCUUCUGGAACUGUGUGUCUGUCGAUUCUCAACGAGGAGGAAGACUGGCGACCCGCCAUUACUAUCAAGCAAAUUCUCCUUGGUAUCCAAGAUCUGCUCGACGACCCAAACCCCGAGUCACCUGCCCAGGCCGAUGCCUAUAACCUUUUCAAGAAGGACCGUCCGGCAUAUGAGCGCAAGGUGCGCCAGGUUGUUCGCGAAAACCAGCCCAACUAA